AUGGCGACCAUUGGGUCUCUGAUUUUCUGCUCAGACUGCGGCAAUCUUCUACCCGUGUCAAAGGGAAACGUCAAAAACAUCUUGCACUGCGAUUGCUGUGGCACUGACAACAAAGAUACGGCGUCGAAGACAACUGUAACUAAGAGCAAACCCUCCGACUUCCCCUCGUUGUUACGGCAGAAGCUCUCUAUAGUCCAGACAGUCGAGAAGCAUAAGAUCAACACCGAAGCUUUUGCGAACGUAACAUGUGACAAGUGUGGGCGAACUGAAGUCAGAUUCUCGGCCGUGCAGCUGCGCGGUGCCGACGAAGGAAGUACUAUAUUUUACAACUGCGACUGUGGCAAUAGAUGGAAGAUUGACAACUAA